GGAUUGUCCGCAGAAGGCGGCAUCAUCAAGUCAAAGACCGGAAUCGGGUGGAAGAGAAAUAAAUUGUCUUCGUGAGCAACGAGGAUCUCCUUGCAGAGAGAACCGGCGCCUUUCUCGCCACAGAUCAUCUCUGUUCCCACAGUCCUCUUGUUGACCUUUUGGUAGCUUUGCAAUGGAAGCCGCUCACGAGGAUGGAUCUCACCUGCAUUGUGAAGAUCCAUGUAAGAGGUAUGAAUACAGCAAGAAACUGACAGGAGCAAGUACAGAUACCGAAAAGCUUUAUCAAGCAGUGCCGCAGCUUGGAAAUAUGUUCAAAAUUAAGGGGAAAAUUGGUGAAGGUACAUUUAGUUCUGUUUAUUUGGCCAUAGUCCAAUUACGAGGAGGCCGUGAAGAAAAAGUAGCUUUGAAACACCUGGUGCCUACAAGUCAUCCUCUACGAAUUGCUGCUGAACUUCAGUGUCUUAUAAUAGCUGGGGGGCAGGAUAACGUCAUGGGAGUUAAAUAUUGUGUUAGAAAAAAUGACCAUGUGGUUAUUGUUAUGCCUUAUCUGGAACAUGAAUCCUUUUUGGACAUCUUAAACUCUCUCUCUUUUGAAGAAGUCAGAGCUUAUAUGUUCAACCUCAUUAAAGCAUUGAGGCGUAUUCAUCAUUUUGGUAUUGUUCACCGGGACAUCAAACCAAGUAACUUCUUAUAUAACAGGAAGCUGAAAGAGUAUGCCCUUGUUGACUUUGGUCUGGCACAAGGGACUCCUGACACAAAAAUAGAUCUUCUCAAAGGUGCCCUGUCUGAAGCCCAGCAGGGAGGUUCUGCACACAAACCUAACCCAACUUUGGGAAGUCAGGUUUCCGUCAUUUCCACGGCACCUCGACAGCUAAUUCAUCAGUCAGCCUCAAAAACUGCUACUAAAAGGCCUUGUUCCUUUUCACAAACACAGAUUAAACAAGGACACAAAAGAAAGGAGGGGUCCGAGUGCCAUUCUAUGCAACGAUCUGUCUUUGGGGAGAGAAAUUUCAAUAUCCGAAGUUCCAUAUUUCAAGACAACUCCACAGUUAAACUCAUCAAGAAUCCCAGGAUGACCGAUAUUGCAUCUAGAAAACUGUCAGCAAAGAAGAAGGUCACCUCUACUGUGAACAGUGACUUAGCCAAAAAAGCUGCCAGCAGUUGCCCAGCUAACUUGACCUGCAACUGUUAUGGAAAAGAUAGAGUCUGCAGUAUUUGUCUCUCAAGGUGUCAGCAGGUUGCCCCAAGGGCAGGCACACCUGGAUUCAGAGCACCAGAGGUACUAACCAAGUGCCCUAUUCAAACUACAGCAAUUGACAUGUGGGCUGCAGGCAUCAUAUUCCUCUCUCUGUUGAGUGGCCGGUAUCCAUUUUAUAAAGCAAGUGAUGAUUUAACAGCUUUGGCACAGAUCAUGACAAUUCGUGGAUCCAAGGAAACUAUUCAGGCUGCUAAAACAUUUGGUAAAUCAGUGUUGUGCAGCAAAGAAAUCCCAGCACUGGAUCUAAGAACGCUAUGUGAAAGACUGAGAGGGAAAAGUAUUAACUCUGAUGUUUCAACAGGUGAUGUACAGAUCAACCCUUUUCGGGAACAUGCAUUACCAGCUGAAAUAAGUAAUAAUUCAGAGUUUGUGUCUCAGACACCCCAAAAAUUCAUCCAGCAUCAGAAGAAAAAUUGUCAUGAAGGUGAUGGCAUGAAUGUUAGGUCUUCAGAAAAAGCAGCUGAUCUGAAAGGAUGGGACACGAUCCCUGAUGAGGCCUAUGAUCUUCUUGAUAGGCUGCUAGACCUAAAUCCUGCAACAAGAAUAACCGCAAAGGAUGCCUUGCUCCAUCCUUUUUUCAAAAAUAUGAAGCCAUGAAAAGACACUCAUGAUUGUCCUUCAGUUACUGCAUAGAUGAGUAUCACUGGGAGUAUCUACCAUCACAGAUCUUUAAAUGAAAUCAAAGUCCCGGCAAGGAUCUUUUUUUUUUUCAUUUAUAUGGCUUCAUAACAGCAUGCGUCUUGCUGUAGCUAUAAAGCUGAUCAACUAUUAAACAUACUUCUGGUGGGCAACUGACAUAGACUGUUUAUUGUUAGAUUUUUUUCAGGGUAGUGUAUCUUAAUUGUUUCUAAUUCUGUUGUACCAUUGAGAUGCAUUCACAGGCAUCUUUUAUGUAGUCUGGUUAUUGAUGACACUACACUACUUUGCUCCCUAGACCAAGGCAAAUGAGGUAUGGACACCAUCAAAAGCAGUCUGCCUAAAAUUUUUGUCUCAUGUUGUUUAUGACUCCUAGAAUUACUGAAGUUUCUUGCAUCCCAGCUUCAAAUGCCUGUUCAAGUGUGCCUUAAAAGCCUGGCCUGUGGCGUGGGGGGGGGGGGGCGGAGAAUGGCCCCCUGGGCAAAAUGGCGCCUGGGCUCCCAGCACCACCACUCCCUGCAGUGCCCCCCCCCACUUACCAGAGUUCAGUUGGCUGCAAAAAUCAGCCUUCUGAAAAAGUAGCCUGGUAGAAAGUAUACUUCCCAGGAGACCUUGCAAGCUGCCAUUGGGGGGGGGGGGCUCUGCAGGGGGGCAAGGCCCAGCCACCUCUGGGAAGGAGGAGGGGUAUGGUUGGGCCUUGGCAUGUUGUGCGCAUACUGCCCGAGCAGUCCUUGGCCCGGGUGGCACACGCACGUGGUGCCAAGAGCUAGCCACACCUCUCCUUCCCGGAAGUGUGGGGGGCAAUUUUUCCACCCCCCAUGUGACUCCCAAGGGGGUGUCCAGGGCAUUUGUCCCCAUGACAUCUACGCCACUGAGGCUGGCCAUUAUGAUUGUGACUGAGAAAAUUUUCAUUCUUUAAUUGUUUUUACUUCCAGUCUUGCAGGAGUAAAGUGUUAAUUAACAUAAUAGAGAGCUUAUACUAUUCACUGAAAACAACAUGUGAAUAACACAUUUGCAUUGCUUCUCUCCAUGGAAGAAAUGGCUUUGAGUUUCGGAUGGCUCAAAGCAGUGUGUCCUUUGGUAUACUCUCAUUGUGGAUGAUUGAAAGUCAUAGCUACGCUGUCAUAUAUUAACAUCCAAAUGUAAAGUCCUCAUUUCCCCCUCUUCCCUGUUCAUUUAUCUAUUGGGGUCAGUUGCUUUACACACCGUGGCAGAAUAUUACUGGCAAUUGAAGUAGCCACGAUUUGGGGCAUCCUGUAAAGGUUUGCUUCAUAUUAAUUGUUAGUGAAGUGGGGUAAAAGUUGUAUCAACUGUGUUCUUGAAAUUUCUGUUCUUGUAGAGAAGUAUGACACCUUUCCAUCUCUAUAAACAUUUGGGAUAUGUACUGUUGCUUUACAUUUUACACAACCUCUAUUUUUUAUGUAGCAAGCACCUUGCCUAUUUUGCCAGGGUUUAUCAGCUACUUGCUCAUUGAUUCUUUCCUAUAUCUUGUAUGAUUGUCUGAAUUAUUUCAAAAGUUUUGUUUUUGCUGGAAUGGCCAAAAUAAGGUUUCUUUUUCUAAUAAAGAUGAAAUAUCACAUCA